AUGCCGGUUAAAAUAUCGCUUUCUGCAACAUUGCCACAACUGGAUUUAUCUCGGUCAAAUCUGGAUUCCAAUGAAUGGAUAAUAGUAGAAGACGUGGUGGUACUUUUACGCCCUUUCGAAAAUGUUACUGUGAUUUUAUCAGGAGAAAAAUAUCCAAGUUUGUCUUCUGUUAUUCCUCAUGUACUUGGACUACGAAAAGCUAUAGAAAGCAAGACGCCAGUAACGGAACUGGCCAAGAAUUUAAAAGGAGGUCUUUCUGCAGUAAUAGAAAAACGACUUGCAGUAUAUGAGACUAAUAGAACAGCAUCAAAAGCAACCUUUCUCGACGCACGCUUUAAAAAAAAGGUUUUACGUUACAAAGUAACGCCAAUAAUGUUUUUUUACUAUUAA